GAUCAGAACCCGCAACGCGUCUUCGAAGGAUUAGAACCCGCAACGCUUCUUGGAAGGAUCAGAACUCGUAACGCUUCUUGGAAGGAUCAGAACCCGCAACGCUUCUUGGAAGGAUCAGAACCCGCAACGCUUCUUAGAAGAAUCGGAACCCGCAAGAGUGCCUACGCCUAA